AUGGGUGUCGUGACGCUCGCCUACUACGUCAGCACCACCGGCGUGGCCCUCGUUGUCGGCCUCACCCUCGUCCUCGCCAUCAGACCGGGACGGGGAAACAUGAUGCAGUCCACCACACAGGAGGCUGGAGCAGCUCCCCAUCUCUCCCCCAGGGAUGCUUUUCUGGAUCUCCUCAGGUAUUCGCCUAUAGGCAGCCUGUUCCUCACAAUGUCCAAGAUCCUAGCUGUGGAAGACUUGCUGACCACAGGUCGUGAGCUUGGCAUGUAUAUGGUCACCAACCUUGUCGGGUACGCUGUCCACUCCGCUAUCGUCCUUCCCCUCAUCUACUUCGCGCUCACCAGAAGGAACCCCUACAGGAUCACUCGUGGAAUACUACAGGCUCUGGUCACUGCAGUCGGAACAAAUUCAAGCGCUGCCACACUUCCGGUGACCGUCCGUUGCUGUGAAGACAACUUGAAGAUUGACCGGACCAUCUGCCGCUUUGUUCUGCCGAUAGGGGUCACCAUCAACAUGGACGGCACCGCCAUCUUUCGAGUCGUCACCGUCGUCUUCAUCGCACAACUGAAUGCGAUACCGCUAAACGUCAUCGACAUCUUCAUAAUCUGGUAUUUAACUGAGUUACAAACAGACCUGUUGUUCGUGUUUUGA